AUGUCGACUAAACUGCAGGUCUCGAAGGCGGUGACCAAGAAAAACACUGCCACGGGUGGCCCCGUGCAAAGUCUAGGCAAGGUGCAGAAUGGUACGAAGAAGAAGUGCACGGAGGCUGCACCCAAACCCCGGUCAUCUAGCGGUGACGGCCCUCCUGGUGGCGAGGUUCGCAAGUCCAGCCGCCCUCGAAAGGCGAAAGUGUGGUUUGAGGAAGGGGCGGAUGCUACCGAAGAAGGUGCUGAUCCUGUUAAGUCUGCCGGGAACAACCUUGAUGGCGACGAUGUGGACAACCAGAAACACGAGGACGAAGCUGAGGCCAACGACAAGUCGGGUGACGUGGGCGAAAACGAGGUGGACGAGGCAGUAGACGAUGCCGGCGGCGAGCCGGAAGAGGAAGAGGAAGACUUGGCGGAGGACGAUGCUGAAGAGAAGGCGGAGGAAGAGGAGGGUGACGAGGCGGAGGAAGAGGAGGGUGACGAGGCGGAGGAAGAGGAGGGUGACGAGGCGGAGGAAGAGGAGGGUGACGAGGCGAAGGAAGAGGAGGAUGACGAGGCGGAGGAAGAGGAGGAUGACGAGGCGGAGGAAGAGGAGGACGAGGAGUCUGAGGAAGGGCAGGGGGAUGAGGACGAGGCUGAGAAGGGAAGUGAGAAAGGCGAUUCGGCGGAAGUGGAGGAAGGUGCGGAUGCGCACAAGCCUCAGAUCACGAGGAAGGCUAGCUUUGACGAGAUGCUGGAAGAGCAGGGUGACGGUGAUGACGAAGACAUGGAGGAUGAGGCUGUGGCUGAGGAACGUUCUAUGCUGCUUGGGAAGCUGAAGGCACUCGAUGAGAUCAAGGAACCCGUUGUCAGCUCGAAGCUCGCUAGAAAGGGUGUGAAACCUCUUCCGCGUUCAGAACCCUCUAAGGUUCCUGCUAAGCCACCACGAGGGAAAGAUGCAGUCACAUCGGCUAAGGGAAAGGAGAAAGUUCUGGCGACUGAGAGUAUUCUCGGUGGGAAGUCGAAACGGGAGUUCGCCUUGGUGGUUGGCGGUGCGCAGAAAAAGCAGAACACCGGUGAAGUGUCGGCCAAACCGAAGUCAACUCCUACGGCAGCAGGCGCUGGGACCAGCGGGGGAAAGGCCAAGGCAGGCGCUGUGGCAAGCGGGGUAAAGGCCAAGGCAGGCGCUGGGGCAAGCGGGGUAAAGGCCAAGGCAGGCGCUGGGACCAGCGGCGUAAAGGCCAAGGCAGGCGCUGGGACCAGCGGCGUAAAGGCCAAGGCAGGCGCUGGGGCUAAACCGACCACUAAGCAGGCCAACACAAAAACCAAAGGUCAGACUUUUGCCGCAUUGUAUAGCACUGCGGGAUGGUACAUCUUUUUAUUUGUGGCAUGCUUGCUGAUGUCACGUCGCUUUCCUCCCUUCCCUGCCGUCGCUUUCCUCCGAUCCAUGCCGUCACCGUCAUCCCAUCCCUGCCGUCACCUUCAUUACAUCCCUGCCGUCCCCUUCAUCCCAUCCCUGCCGUCACCUUCAUCCCAUCCCUGCCGUCCCCUUCAUCCCAUCCCUGCCGUCACCUUCAUCCCAUCCCUGCCGUCACCUUCAUCCCAUCCCUGCCGUCCCCUUCAUCCCAUCCCUGCCGUCCCCUUCAUCCCAUCCCUGCCGUCACCUUCAUCCCAUCCCUGCCGUCACCUUCAUCCCAUCCCUGCCGUCCCCUUCAUCCCAUCCCUGCCGUCCCCUUCAUCCCAUCCCUGCCCAGCUACCAAUCAGUACUCUGGAGCUGCACCACCGGUGAAGGUGAUCACUGAAGCCACCAAGCGCUAUGAGCUCGUCCCCGUCAAGAAAACCCCGUUUGUGGCGGCAUCCUGCAUAGGGAGGUUUAGGGAGGUGAUGCUUUACCUAAACCCCAACUCCCCUCUGCUUGCCUGCCCACUCUCCCCUCAACCCCAAACCCCACUUGCUUCCCCAUCCAGGCAUAGGGAGGUGAGGCUUUACCUAAAACCCAACUCCCCUCUUGCUUGCCUGCCCACUCUCCCCUCAACCCGAAACCCCACCUGCUACCCUAAAUACAGGCCUAGGGAGGAAUUGUCUAGGCGUGUAGCAACACAUCUUUGCUUCAACAUUGAAGCUUCAAUGAUUCAGUUCUACCCAUCUGCGGAGGAGGCCUUAGAUCAUGGGUUUAGCGAGUUUGUGUCGCCACAGGUUCUGGCCUCGUUGCGUGUGCUCUUUCAGCACAACGAUGCCAGCACCAGAGGGGUCUUUUUCGAGCAGCUGUCCUCAACUAGGACUUCUAUCAACGCCUGGAUGAGAAAGGUGGCACUAACGGCGUUGGGUCGGCAGGCGAACAGGUGCUACUUGGGGAGGUUACCAGCAGAUCUGCUUGCACCACUCGAGUUCUACACGGAUGAGGAGCUCAUCGCACGUUACAAGGAUGGGGAGAGGGGGCUGGCAUGGCAUCGGGAGCUCCUCAUCCCUUUCGGCAGCCUCAUCUUCUCGGUGUCCAUCAAGUUGGCUUUGGCGCGUCGUGGGGUCAAUACCGAGAAGAUUAAGACCCGCCAGCUGGGUUGGAUCCUAUAUGCGUUUGAGUGGCCAAUCCUCAACAACGCGCCUGAUGGGAAGUUGAGCGGCAAUUGGGAGUACAAUCGGAUCCAGUACGAGGAGAUGUGCACCCGUGUGAAGCGAGAGGUCGAGAUCGCUGUCAUUGACCAUGGUGUCCCAUACGCCAGCAACACGAACACAUUCAACUUCCCCAACGGCGUCUACAUCGACGCCUCUGACAUGGAGACCCUUGUCAGCAGGGUGCAGGUAACAUUGCUGAAUUCCUCCCAUCUCAUCCGUCCCCUUCCUCCCAUCUCAUCCGUCCCCUUCUUCCAAUCUCAUCCGUCCCCUUCUUCCCAUCUCAUCCGUCCCCUUCCUCCCAUCUCAUCCGUCCCCUUCCUCCCAUCUCAUCCGUCCCCUUCUUCCCAUCUCAUCCGUCCCCUUCUUCCCAUCUCAUCCGUCCCCUUCCUCCUAUCUCAUCCGUCCCCUUCCUUCCGUCCCCUUCCGUCCCCUAUGCCUCUUUGCACAGGCUGCACGACCUGCACCAGCCCGGGCUGUCACCCCAAACCCGUAAUCACAGAGAUCUGCAGCAGCACUAGGGGGAUUGGUGCAGGGCGUAGCAGUGGCAGUAGCAACCUGCAGGAGCAGCAUGGAGACAGGGGCGUAGCAGUGGCAGUAACAACUAGUAGCCGCAGCAUGGGGACAUGCGGAGCAGCAGUGGCAGCAACGGGACAGGUGCGGAGCAGCAGGGGCAGCAUGGGGACAGGUGCGGAGCAGCAGGGGCAGCAGGGGGACAGGUGCGGAGCAGCAGUGGCAGCAUGGGGACAGGUGCGGAGCAGCAGUGGCAGCAUGGGGACAGGUGCGGAGCAGCAGUGGCAGCAUGGGGACAGGUGUGGAGCAGCAGGGGCAGCAUGGGGACAGGUGCGGAGCAGCAGUGGCAGCAUGGGGACAGGUGCGGAGCAGCAGGGGCAGCAUGGGGACAGGUGCGAAGCAUCAGGUGCACCAGGGGGACAGGUGCGGAGCAGCAGUGGCAGCAGGGGGACAGGUGCGGAGCAGCAGUGGCAGCAUGGGGACAGGUGCGGAGCAGCAGUGGCAGCAUGGGGACAGGUGCGGAGCAGCAGGGGCAGCAUGGGGACAGGUGCGGAGCAGCAGGGGCAGCAGGGGGACAGGUGCGGAGCAGCAGGGGCAGCAGGGGGACAGGUGCGGAGCAGCAGGGGCAGCAGGAGGACAGGUGCGGAGCAGCAGGGGCAGGAGGGGGACAGGUGCGGAGGAGCAUAG